AUGUCGGCGCCGGUCAUAACCAUUGCUGCGUUGUGGACCGUGGGCGUCAUGACCAAGUCGCACCGGUCACCGCUUCGGGCGGGUGCCCGAAGCAUUUACGCCGGGCUCUUGGACAUCCUCUUUGUCGCGGCGCAUGUCCUCGUUGGCUACGGCACGUACGCGGGUUACGACUGGAUCACCACCGAGCUCUACCCUCUCGGGGCGACGCUGCUUACUACCCCUGUGCUGCCGCCACCGUCACUGUGCCGCACACUCUUCUCGACCCCAUCGCUCGCUGACGUUCAUGUUCUGGAUGCCCCCCGUGACGGCAUCUUUGUCAUGCGCAACGGCGCCAACGUCGGUCGCGCAAUGACGUGGGUUAGCGUCGGCGCCCCCGGGGACGACUGCGUCGCGCCCUUUGCCCGCGCCGCCGCCCACGUCCUCGGCGUCUCCGGACCUGAUGUCUUUGCACCGAUCACGCUCCACGACGACGCGGGCCACGAAAUUGCACCCCACUUUGCCAGCAUCGUGGCGACCAAGCGUGUGCAUCUGCUGCUGCACGGUGAGGUGUGGGUCUGGCCUGGUAUCGCGGUUGGACACGAGUGGACUGCCGAUGGCUACGCCAUGCGCACACUCUCGCUCUCGCCCAAGGUCAUCCUCGUGCGCGAUUUUCUCGAGGAUUCGGAAUGCAGUGCGCUUGUCAAGGGUGGACAAGACCUUCUCGGGCCGUCCCACACGGUCGACAAGGCCGCCAACCACCGCCUCGCACUGCGUACGAGCUCGACUGCAUUCAUUGGCCACGUCGCCGCGGCAAAGACCAUCAAGGCGCGCGCGACAAAGCUCGCACGGUUGCCGAGCGUGAGCUAUACCGAGGACCUCCAGCUUGUGCGGUACGGGCCAGGGCAGUGGUACAAGAAGCACACGGAUUACUUUCAACACCUCGACGUCUCAUUGCAUGCACGCGCGGGGACGUCGCUGGCACACUGGGUGCGCUGGGUCCAGGCGCAGAUCGGUCGCACGUCUUCGCUGACGACAACGCACCCGCUAUACCCGCGACUAUCGACUGCGUUCGAGCGGUCCUUUGCGCUGCUCUUGCUGCAAACGAAUGCCAUUCAAGACGAAGCAGUCGCUUCGUGGCUACGACAACAUCUGGAGCACGAGUACGUGUUGUCGUCGCUGCUGGCCGCGUGGAGUCCGACAAAUCCGCUCCUCUUUGCCCAGUGGCGUCGCGUCUGGGAAGACGCCGUUGGCAUUCCCACGCUGCAGUGGCGCGACCCGCUGCAGCUCAAAUACGUCGAGCCGAACCGACACGCGACGCUCUUCCUCUACUUGAACGACGUGGUCCAUGGCGGGGAGACGGUGUUUCCGUAUGGAAAUGCAACGUCGACGCCUCCGACGACGACGACGUCGGGCAUGCCGGAGUGCGCACGCGGCCUGUCUGUCAAGCCGACGAAGCGCACUGGCGUCCUCUUCUACAACAAGGCACCAACAGGCGAGAACGACCCGCGCAGCAUGCACGGCGGGUGCCCGCCUCACGACGGCGCGACCAAGUGGGGAAGCAACGUCUUUAUGUGGAACGUCGACGCUGCUUAUGGCAACCAAAAAUGGCGCUUUUGGUAA